UCCUCCUCUGCAGCUGUGACAAGAUCACAGGGGAAAACCAAAAACCACAGACCCUGUCAGCUUAAGACUAGACACUAGCACAGAGCACUAUUAAGAUUCAAAUUAUAGUGUCUAGUAGAACUUAACAAUACAUUGAGACUGCUCUAUGUAGAGAACCGUGAUCUUGCAGCAUUUGCUUUCAUCGAAACAGGAAUGCCGAGGUUUGUUUGAAGAUUGUUUGGAAAUGGGACUCAUUGCUUUUGAGGUUGGCCCUAACUGACAUUUCAAAUGUGUAACGGUGUGAAAUGUAAACAAACACCGCAUCGAAUGAAUGUGUUAAAAUAGUGGUUUCUUAAUGGGUGAGGAGCAGAUGCGACAAACACAUUACCUUACUUCCUCAUCUGCUCUGACAUCGUCAACUUCUGCAUUGCUGUUCAGGGGUAUGUUUUCUCACUAGGAACCAUGGCGACAAACCCCACGGUCGAAAACUUCACCAGCCUCGAAGUGGCAACUACGAACUCGACCUCGAGCUUCAGUGGUGCCACCGAUCCCUUCAGCAUCGCCCUGAUCAUCAUCUACUCCGUAGUCCUUCUAGUAGGCGCCACGGGCUUAACGGUCAUGAUAAGCUUGCUAAAAACAAACAUUCGCUCGUUAACCACUAUCGCCUUUUUGAACUUGAUGGUUGCACACUUUCUUUUCCUGCUCACUGUGCCGUUCAGACUGUACUACUAUGCGUCCGGCACGUGGGAGCUGAAUCACGGAAUCUGUAAACUGGUCAGCGCCAUGGUGCACAUCCACAUAUACAUGGUGUUCACCAUCUACUCCAUUCUUCUGACGAUCCGCUUCCUGCAGUUUUACAAGAAAACGCAGCGGACCGAGUUCUACAGGAGGCUGCACGGCCUGGGCGCGAGCGUUCUGGUGUGGGUCGUCUUAUUGAUCAUCUUGAUCCCCGUCGUGCUGGUGCAAUACGGACAAAAAAACUCCGAUGAAAGGGAACAGGAAAACAGGUGCUUUAAUUUCGGGAACAAAAUAGAGGAUAAAUUUGUCUACGGCCUGAACGUGGUUCUGUCCAUCUGUAUUGUCACAGUGUCGUGUGUUCAGACCGGCGUCCAGGUGAUGAUCCUGCGCUUGAUGGUCCUCAAGUACGGCGCUGCCAGCAGAUCCCAGCAGGAGUUUUGGGUCCAAAUAAAAAACCUCAGCUUUGUACUCAUCAUGCUCACCUGCCUGGUGCCGUACCACCUUUUUAGGCUACAAUACCUGAACCACCCUAAAGACCUUGGUCAGAUAAAUGAAGUGUUUCUGGCCAUCACUGGCCUCACAUGUGUCGACAUGCUGACGUUCACUGGGAAGAACGUCUGUAAAGUGUGUUGGACCUAAUAAAGUAAAGCGGAUACUGAACGCGGACGCUAUUUUCCGCAUCACUAAGCAUGGGUCAGGGUUUGCAGAUGGACAUUUAAAACCGUUUUAACAGGAAAGUGUUAUAUAUUCGAGUUGUGUGUUUAUAAUGAUUACAGUGAUGAUGGCUAUUAUCGUGGUGGCCUGUUCAAGUCUUUCGGGUGAUUUGAAACGAAGUGUGUUUUGAUAUCUGAACUGUCAUGCUUUUGUGGAUGUGGAAAAGCAACAUACAUGGGUUAAUUUUACAGCGAACCGUAACUUUUAUAUUUGCUCAAUACACAUAAUAAUUUAAACUUGAACGCAGCGCAGUGAGUUUAAGACCCACGUUCUCAGAACUUUAGUUAAAUCUGUUGGCAAAAUGUAUCUCAAAUUUAUGAAUAAACGUUUUAGUAGUUCUCAGUACAGCGUACAUCAGUUUCCUCUAAAGGUUUUGCAGCUUUAUGCUUAGGCUACUAGUUUCAGGACGUUUAGGGAACUUUCAAAAGUCGGCCUAAUUCAGAUUUUUUUUUUCUCUAGGGUUCACAUAACGAAUACGUUUUUUAAACGUUACAUUUAAAAAACAAUCUGAGACCAUUCCACAAUAUAAGAAGAAGUUUGGAACGUUCUUAAAUUAUGUAGCCUAUAAUUCGCGACACGAGAGCAAUACAAUAGACCAAUACAAAUGUAAAAACACUCGAUGGUUUAAAUAUAUGAAUUUAAAAUACUGUUUUAUUUUGAGUUGUGUAUUAAAACAAAGGCUAACCGAUGUUCGACCUCUCUUUGAGAAGGUGGCGGAAAAUAGAGUUUUGGCGCCCUCUUCUGGUAAGUUUGGAGAACGUCAAAGAUGUGAGGUAACCUAGUUGAGACUUGAAAGGUAAGACAACAUUUCUGUAGAACAAGGAGUUGAGCCACCAGGGUUUAGGUUUAUAAGUAGGCUUUGAAAAUACAAAAAUAUCGGUUUCAUAUUUUUUGAUAUCAUACAAAUGUCUUUAUGUGUUUGCGUUCUUUGCGGCGUGAACCCACGCACAGGUAAAACGACUCAUGUCUCGUGUUUUAUUGGGGCUAGUUACUGUUUAACAUCUCCACCCAACUUUCAGUUUGUUUAGUAAAUCGAUCUAAUGAGGCUCCCCCAACACCAUCAAAAGUAUUGUCCAAUGUGAGGCUUUUGACAUGUUAAACACUUCAUUUGCUCUCUAUAUCAGCCUAAAUAUCAUAUUUAUUAGCAUGAAAGUUUGACACAUGUUCGUUUGGAUUUUGGUGGAUUAAUGCAAAUCGUUGUUGGACGUGGAAAAG